AUGCUGGCGGGUGACAAUGAGGCGGAUGGCGCCCCAAGCUACGACUCAGCUGACGUGAUUAAGCAUCUGUACAAUUGCAAGUUUCGCUUUUUGCUUAGAAAGACGCUGCUGAGGGACAACGUUGAGACUUAUGUUAUAGGGUCAGGCAGAUACACCGGGGCGGGGACAACAAAGUGGGCCGACAAGGCAACGGCGGCGUUGCUGUAUUUUUCGUAUCGCAACCGUUUUGUGCCUCUUAUGAACGGGUCAACCACCGAUCUCUUCUGGGGCUGCAUGAUUCGGACCGGUCAAAUGAUGCUGGCGCAUGUCUUUAUGCGCUACUUUAAUGGUGGUGAGCCACGCAUAGACGAUGAGAGGCUGCAGGAGCUGCGGGCAAAGACACAGACGCUCUUUUGUGACGUCCCAUCGGCACCGUUUGGCAUUCACGCCAUAACUGCAGAGGGCGUUCGACAUGGUGUUAGGUGCGGGGAGUGGUUUGGACCGACGCCGAUAGCGAGCACGCUGAGUGCGCUCUCGGCGUCCUACCUGGCUGCAGGCGGGGAGGGGCCGGUCGUAUUGUCGUUUCCUGACCGGCAAAUUUUUGUGGAGCAGGUGGCGGAACUGCUGCGGCAAGCAAGGCAAGUAGUGCUGCUCAUUCCUGUGAUGCUUGGGCUUCGUGUCAUCUCGGCGAAGUACGCGCAGCUUAUGCAACGCUGUCUUGAAAUGGAAAGCUCCGUCGGCAUUCUUGGGGGGAAGUCGCGUUCUGCGCUUUUCCUCUUUGGUCACCAGGGCGACGCGGUGUUUUACCUGGACCCGCACUACCUCCAGCUCGCCUUCACCUCGCCGGGCAGGCCGGGGAAGCUGACGUGUGCGCGGGGGGCGUUGCCCGCAACGAGCUACGACACCUCAAUGACCCUGGGAUUCUACAUUUCCUCCCUUGCCAGCUUUGCCGUCUUUGAGGAGGACCUGGCGAAGGCAAACGCCGGUCUGGCGUUUCCCCUUAUUAGUCUCUCCGCCGGCCGACCGACCGAGGCGGCGGAGGCGGCGGUCAGCGUGGAGGACGGUUUCUUUUUCCUGCCUGGAUAA